UCCCUCUCCCCCUCCCCAUCCCUCUCCCCCUCCCUCCCUCUCCCCCUCCCUCCCUCCCUCCCUCUCCCCCUCCCUCUCCCUCUGCCUGUCCCUCUCCCUCUGCCUGUCCCUCUCCCUCUGCCUGUCCCUGUCUCCACCCCUCUCUCCCCCUCUCCCCUUUGUCACACAAUAGUGGUGACAUCAGGCUAG